AUUUGGUGACAUGCUGGCCUUGGAUGAACAAAGGCGUCCGUGAAUCACGCCCCUCUGUGAUGCAUGCACAGAAGAGUGUUCUGCCUCACUAAACCAAUACACACGGGCUCUUUGUGUACGAUCAUGCAGGAAAAGUGAUGUAAUGCUCGGUACAAGGAGGGAAGGGAGUGAAACCUAAAUCUCCAAACAACAGCAGACAGAGAGACACUGCAUCCACACUCAGCUAGCUGGCAAAUCCCAGCCUCAGGAUGUUUCCACGCAGACAACUGGGGGUCGUUGUGGCAGCCGUCCUGUUCUUCGGCCUUUCGUCAGCCUCUGAAGUCCCCCCUUCAGGAUUAGGUGGAAAAGCCCUUCUGUUUCCCUACGAGACCGACUACAGCUAUGUCACACUAGCGCCUCAGAAAUCCUUGCAGCUGCAAGCCUUCACGCUGUGCAUGACACUGGCCACAGAGCUGGAUGGCGAGCGGGAUAUCAUCCUCUUCGCCUAUCGCACCAAGGACUUUGACGAGCUGAAUGUGUGGCGUGAAAAGGACGGCCGUCUGUCCUUUUAUCUUAGCGGGGACGGCGUGCUCUUUAACAUGCCCCCACUCAGCACCUUCAAGACGAACGUGUGCAUCACCUGGGACUCCACCACGGGCCUGUCUGCGUUUUGGAUGGAUGGUAAGAGAAGUGUGCGGCAGGUGUACAAGCCAGGGCAUACGAUUCGUGCCGAAGGCACCGUGAUUCUGGGUCAGGACCCUGACGCCUUCCUGGGGGAGUAUGAAGCCUAUCAGAGUUUUGUCGGUGAAAUUUCAAAUGUUAAUAUGUGGGACUAUGUCCUCUCUGACAGCGAUAUCCAGGCCUUGAACUGUGAUUGCUCUAUCCCUAAAGGAAAUAUUUUUGACUGGAAUACUGUUCAGUAUGAAAUUAACGCAGGAUUAGGUGGAAAAGCCCUUCUGUUUCCCUACGAGACCGACUACAGCUAUGUCAAACUAGUGCCUCAGAAACCCUUGCAGCUGCAGGCCUUCACGCUGUGCAUGACACUGGCCACAGAGCUGGAUGGCGAGCGGGAUAUCAUCCUCUUCGCCUAUCGCACCAAGGACUUUGACGAGCUGAACGUGUGGCGUGAAAAGAACGGCCGUCUGUCCUUUUAUCUUAGCGGGGACGGCGUGCUCUUUAACAUGCCCCCACUCAGCACCUUCAAGACGAACGUGUGCAUCACCUGGAACUCCACCACGGGCCUGUCUGCGUUUUGGAUGGAUGGUAAGAGAAGUGUGCGGCAGGUGUACAAGCCAGGGCAUACGAUUCGUGCCGAAGGCACCGUGAUUCUGGGUCAGGACCCUGACACCUACUUGGGGAAGUUUGAGUCUAAACAGAGUUACGUUGGUGAAAUUUCAAAUGUUAAUAUGUGGGACUAUGUCCUUUCUGACAGUGAUAUCCAGACCUUGCACUGUGAUCGCUCUGUCCCUGAAGGAAACAUUUUUAACUGGAAUUCUAUUCAAUAUGAAAAUAACGGGAAUAUCUUAAUCAUACCUGAUGGCCAGAGUAAUAAAAUACCCAUUAUGGGGUUAUGCUAGAAAUGUUCACAAUAUUGAUAUUCAUAGCAAUGCAUAGACAUUAUACAAAUGUAUAGCAACUGACAUGUACAGCAAUGUUUUAAAUGGCAUGCUGCUUGAAAACAAAGCAUAAAUAUGGAAGUAAAAUUGAAAGUUGGGGCGGGGGUGCAAUGUGGGAUUGUUGUUCUGUCUUAGGCAUUAGGAAAGAUAUUAUUUGUUCUUAUGGAUGUAUGGACUCGACUACGGGAAUAUGCUGGCCUAGCAUGGUUAGAGAGAGCUAUCAAAUCAGCUGUUUGAUAACCAGUCAUGGUAAAGAAGUGGGGUAUUGGAGGAAUAUAUAAAUAGUGUAUUUUUUUGUUCGGGAGGGGGACACUGUCUGCCUGCUUGCGGAACCUUUUUUCUCUCUAUUAAAGGAAAUUUAUCUUGCA